CCCCUGGAUUGGCGCAGCGGCGCCCCCUUCCACCCACGUGGUGCGCGUCCCUUCGCCCCUGCCCUGCCGCGCCGCGGGCUGGCCGGCCGGGGGCGUGCGGCGCGGGCGGUGGCGUUGCGCGCGGGCGGCCAUGGUGGUGUUCGCGGUGCCUGCAGAAGUCGCUGUGAUCCUGCUGGAUAUCGAAGGCACCACCACGCCGAUUACCUACGUCGAGGACACACUAUUUCCGUAUAUCAGAGAUAAUGUUAAAGAGUACCUGCGUAUGCACUGGGAAGAGGAGGAGUGCCAGCAGGACAUCAGCCUUUUGAGGAAACAGGCUGAAGAGGAUUCCAACUUAGAUGGCGUUGUGCCUAUUCCUUUAGAAACUGGAAAUGGAGAAGAUGAAGUGGAACAGGUCAUCCAAGCUGUAGUAGACAAUGUGCACUGGCAGAUGUCCCUGGACAGAAAGACCACAGCACUAAAACAGCUGCAGGGUCACAUGUGGAGGGCAGCCUAUGCAACUGGACACAUGAAGGGAGAAUUCUUCCAGGAUGUGGUUCCAGCCAUCAGGAAGUGGAGGGAAGCAGGAAUGAAAGUGUAUAUCUAUUCUUCAGGGAGCGUGGAGGCCCAGAAGCUUCUAUUUGGAUACUCAACAGAAGGUGAUAUUCUAGAGCUCUUCGAUGGCCACUUCGAUACCAAAAUAGGUCAUAAGGUAGAGAGUGAGAGUUACAGAAGGAUUGCGUCAAGCAUCGGGUGUUCAACUAACAACGUUCUCUUCCUGACAGAUGUCACUCGAGAGGCAAAUGCUGCAGAAGAAGCAGACAUGCAUGUGGCUGUGGUCGUGAGGCCAGGCAAUGCAGGGCUAACAGACGAUGAGAAGUCAUAUUACAGUCUCAUCACAUCUUUCAAUGAACUGUUCCUGUCUUCCUCCACUUAGGAGAACUUGUGCACAUGCACAAAAGACCAAACUACACCCGCUGGAAUUGUCCUUGUGUAAUCUUUAAUUAUGUUGGUAAUGAGAAUUUUAAAAGAUAUGUACAGGAUCCAUGACUGUCUGCAGAAAUAGAUUUAAGUAUUUUGGAGGGGAUUUUUAAUGGAGUGAAAUUGAGUCCUAUCAAAGUCUGUUGGAGUCGCGAGUGGUGUGAGAAGCAGCAUCCAUGAAGCCUGUGUUUGAUUAGCUUUCCUAUCAGGGAAUUUAUUACUACAGGUUGACUGUUCUGCCAGCCAACCACCGGGUAAUCUAGUUAUGAAAGUCCAUGUGACAACAUUUGUCACUUAAAAACAAACUAUUCUGUGAACAAAGAAUUUCUCACACUUCCACAGACUUGACUCUUACAAGGAAAUAUGAACAUCCCCCUUCCAAUAAGAUCUGUAGCUCUCACGCUGAAAGUUAAAUUAAGCAAAAUUAAUUUCUUAAGAGGUUAAUCUCUGUAUGUUAGGAUAGCCAAAGGUAAAUGUCAAAUGUGGACCAUCAAGUUUGGAUGCUGCAGUUAGAUCUGCCACAGAGGAGGUUUAAAUGUAAACCCGCUUGUGAUAUUGGGCUAGGUGCUGCAGGACCUGCUGCAUGCUAGAGCCAGAUUUCCAUUUAUUUCAGAAACGUAGCUCUCUUAGCAAUAAUCCUGAAACUUUCCUUAAGCAGCCAAGAAAUGGUUUCACUAACUCGUAACUCAGCUCAGCUCUAAGUAGACAUUAUAAAAGAUAGUUCAUGGCUUUGGCACUACCUGCUGCAUUUGAUAUCAAUGAAUGAUUACAAAAAUACAAAUCAUGUAACAGCACCACUUAAUCUGUGCCACUUUAUACUAUGUGGUAAAUAAAAGUACAAUUGUCGUCUGCCUAAAA